AUGUCGUUAUCAGGAGAAGUGUUUUCAGGAGGAGCAACCACUUCUCAACAUAUCGAGGCACAAGAUGAUGACCAUUUUGAAAAUACAACCUUUAAAUUGAAAAGAACUAGAUCCAUGGGUUUAUUAGAUGAAUUUAUCCCUGAUAAACUAAAAGAACAAGAUGGUAAUAAUUCAGAAGCAAAUUCAUCAACAACAGCUGCAUCAACAACCAGCUCAGGAAACUUGGCAGCUAUGGCAGCUAUGGCAUCACAAACAAAUUCGUCAUAUGUUAACGAAACUCCAAGCAGUCAACAUCAUGAAACUAUAGAAUCCAUAUCUAAUAACUCCGAUGGCGAUGUAACCCAUUCAUCAGAUGUAGCGCCAUCAUCUACAUCACCUGUCAAUUCACCUUCACCAACUUCCUCACCAGCAUUAGAUUUAAAAUCUCCAGAAUUGUUGCCUCAUGAUGAUACAGAUUUAGCUGUUGAACCUUCACGUCAUGUUGAUUAUUUAUCCCACCAAUGGGAUGUUUCUGAUAUUUGGAAGUCUUGGCGAUACGUUAUUUCCAAAAGAAAAGAUGUUGCUAAUGCUGCAAGAUUGGAAAAUGCUUCAUGGAGAACUUGGGCUCAAAGACGCUCUAAUCUCAAGACUAUAAGUCCAGAAGUGGUGAAUUGGUCGAAAGAUAGUGAUGUCACUUGGCUUUAUGGACCAAUAUUAAAAGAUGAUGACCAUGUGAAUAAUGAAAAUCACGACUCUGAUGCUAUUGAAACUACUGCUACUAGUUCUGUUGCCGGGGAUAUAUCUAUUGCCAAAAAAUGUUCCAGUAAGAAUGGACCUAAACCAAUAUUGAAAAAGAGAACAAUGGAACAACUGAUGAUAAGUCAUUCUAAUUUAUUAAAAUUACAAUUGGCAACACAAAUACAUCAAAAGAAAAGAGAACAAAAAUUGAAACAACAAGAAGAAUUGAAAAGACAACAUCAAUUGAAUCAUCCCGAUGAAUAUUUUGAUCCCGAAGCCCUUCUGAACAAAUUAAACAGUCAAUAUAAGAAUACAGCUCCUACUCAUAACACUAGUGUGGCCAAAUUACAAAGCUUGUUGAAAACUCCCAAUUCUUCAUCUUCUGCUAGUUUGAAAGAUUUGAUGAAAGAUGAAGCCGUUGUUGUGCCUUCUUCAGAACAAAUCAGUCACGAUCAAAACCAAGAAGAUGGUAAUGUUUCUGGGGACGUUGAAUCCAAAGGUGAAAGACACAUACAUUUUAAUGACGAAGUGAUGCAAUGUAUUGCCAUUGAUGUGUAUUCAGAUGAUGAGCAACGAUAUGAUUCUGAUGAAGAAGAUUAUGAUUCUGAUGAUGACGAUGAUGAUUAUUAUGAUCAAUAUGAACCAUCUAAUGACAGUCUAGCUCAAAGUCACCUAUAUGAAGGAGACGAUGAAUCCAUUGAGGAAGCGGAUGAAGAGGUAGAGGAUGAUGAAGAUGGAUCUGAAGAUGAAGAAGACGAUGAAGGGGGAUUCUUUUUAAAUGUGAAAUCCAAUUCCAAUGCCCCAAUAAUUUUGGGCCAGCAUUCAAGUGCAUCAACUUCUACUCCAGUGGCACCAUCUUUAAGUCGUCACACAGAUAUUACUGAUGAUACAGCAUCAAUAUCUACCACCAACAGUAAAUCUUAUAAAACAAUUCAAUUAUUACCUUCAACAUCUAUUAAUUAUGGUUCUGAUGAAUCUAGUGAUGAGGCAAACCCUUAUACGUCGAGUCUUUCUCAUAAUGUCAAUAAUGAUAUUAGUAGAGGUUAUGAUUAUUAUUAUGAUUACAACACUGUAUACACAUGUAAUCCAAACAAUUCAGUGUAUGCAUCUUAUCAAAGUCCAGAUGUUGUUGAUGUUCCAGAAAAUCUUGAUAUGGGAUCCAAUUUUGAUUAUGAAUUUAUUGAAAAUAACGAUAGUAUCCCUGUAGUAGAUACAACAUUUGAGAAUAAUAGUACCAUUAAUAAUAUGCCAAUUCUGUAUAGUCUGCCGUCAUCACCUUUAUCAGUUGCUAUUUCCGGUGGAGGUAAAAAUUCUGGUGUCACUGUUAAUUCCCCAAAUUUCCCCAUAGUUAAUGUCAGCUCUAACCCACAACAACAACAACAAUCACAAGCAAAACCAAAACUAAAGACAAAGGCAUCUCCUUUCCAAUUGAGUGAUUCAGAAGAUGAUUCAAAUAGUGAUUCGGAUGAUGAUGGUAUUUCAGGAUUAUCAAUAGGGACAAGAAGAUCUAGUCAAGCUUUAGCUGAACUGGUAUUUCAAUCAUCAUUGACAAGCUCUACCCAAGAAACAGCACCACAACAUUUCCCCGAUACUAAAGAGGUUGAACCGGUUGCUGAACAUGUUUCGAGUAUUAACCCACGAUAUUCUUCGACUUCGAUUUCUAAGCAACCUACAAGUUCAAGUUCACUUUCACAACUGUUUUUCGGGGGUGCUGGUGGGUUAAGUAGUACUGAUAAAGAGUUGUCGAAACUGUUUUUAGGAGGAUCAACGUCAGCAUCAACAUCAACAUCAACAUCGCAUGAUGAGAAAACUACUACUACUGAUUCUUCAAGUACUGGGUUUUUCCAAGUACCAAAUAGAGAUUAUACUCCUUCUCCAGAUAAUAAUACUUUGACUCGUACAUUAUCUAAUACAUCCAAGAAAUCUUCACCAUUACCACCACAAACAACUUCAGAGAAUGCAUUCAGAGGUGAUGGACAACAAUCACAAUCACAAUCACAGUUGCCACUGCAACAACAGCUGCAACCACGACGGGGAUUAUUAUUUGAUGAAGAAGAUUCUGAAGAUUCUGAAGAUGAAGGAAUGGUUAUUGGUGGUAAAAGAGAAGAAAAGAAAUUACAUGGACAAGGAUAUAAUGCAUUAAGUCAAGUUGCAGGUAGAAAUGGUAUCCAUAGUCCAAGUCCACAAUUUGGUAAUGCUAGUGCACAUCUUCAAGAUCAAGAUCAAGGUCAUGAAAAUGAACAUGAACAUGAACAUGAAGAAAAUCAUAAGAAUCUUGUUGGUCAAGCCAGAGGUUUAGCUAAACACUUCUUUGGAUAA